AUGCCGGCUGUUGAAACGUCUCCCAUCACGGGAGUGCACUACACCUCAGAAGAGGUCAUUCAUGCCUAUAAGGAAAUCCAUGACUUCAUCGACUGCACGCCUCUUCAUAAAGUUGAACCCAACUCUGCCUUAGCAAAAUUAGUCAAUGCUCGAGUUUGCGAUGCUGCCCGAGAUGUUUCUGUUGAGCUCUAUUUCAAGCUCGAGAAUCUCCAGCGCACAAACUCUUUCAAGAUCCGUGGCCUCAUGUGCUGCCUAUCCCGAAUGUCGGACGAGAGACUUGAAAGGGGAAUAGUGGUGUUCAGCACAGGAAAUCAUGCCUUUGCAAGCGGAUAUGCAGCCUCCCUCCUCAGUCGCAUGCGUGGCGUCCAGAUACCGGUGCACGCAUUCAUGCCUCCGACGGCAUCCAAAACCAAAGUCUACCUCGCAGAGUCACAAGGAGUACAAGUUCAUCUCUCAGGAAAUUCUGUGACAGAGUGCAUGCAAAUUGCAGAAGCUUUUGCAGAGUCACUUGGUACAUCUGUGCUCGCACCAGCAGAUGAUUACGACAUAAUUCGAGGCCACGGCUCAGUGGGUAUUGAGAUUAUCGACCAAAUGCAAAAACAGGAGAACUUCGGCGCCACCAAGCCUGAUGCCAUAUUUGUUCCCACUUCGGGCGCCGCCCUGCUUGCAGGAACAGCCGUUUACUGCCAGCCACAUGGUGUGAAUGUGUACGGUACUGAGCCUGCAAAAGGGUCGGCCGAUCUUUUGGCUGGGAGGAAGAGUGGGAAAAGAAGAGAAAUGGUGGAUUCUUCAGUCAACACUAUUGCGGAUGGACUGCGAUCCUGCGUUGCGCCCCGGGCUUGGCCUGUCGUCAGCAACAAGGGGUAUGUUAGAGAUGUCUUCGGCGUCAACGACGAGCAAAUCCGAGAGGCACUAAAGUUUUUUGUUACUGAGACCAAGACACUCGCCGAGACUUCUGGGGUGGUCCCACUGGCUGCCUUGCUGUUCUCCGAAGAGUGCAAAGAAGAGCUGAAACGGUUGGCGAGGAAUGCAGAGACCGGCAAGCUGAGGUUGGUAGUCGUUGUUACUGGAGGCAAUGUCUCGCUGGAGGCGAUGGUGGAGGUUCUCAUGCUGGAUACUGUGCGAAACCAGUAG